AUGUUAGGAUGCAAGGUGCAAACCAAGCCCCCACUUCGAGGAAAAGGCAAAAUCCAAAUCGGUGCAGGCCCAAGUCCAAAGGAGGUUGUCAGAGGUCGUCGCUGCGAUGAGACGAAGCCAAGUUGUCAAGAAUGUUCCAAGAAGGGACACAUAUGUCCUGGAUAUGAGAAGCAGAAUUUGAAGUGGCGCUAUGUCUUCAAAGAUGAUACCCACGAAACUACUAAGACAGCGUCCUCGACUGAGACUCCCAAAUCAAUAGCGGCCGAUUCUUUUGAGGCGACUAAUCCACCCCAGGAGCCUGAGAGGGAAAUUUCUCCCAAUGAAGACCAAGACCAACUAGAUACCACCGGAUCCUCUGUCUUUGAGGAGUUUCCCGACAUUGACGACCCAACAAACAUUUGGUUCAAUCUCGAGUCAGGGCUGCCUGCCAUGGAGGUAGAGAAUGAUGAUGAACAGAACAGCCUGUCGAUCCUGCGCAAGCAGUUGUCAAACACAUCCAUUCCAUCGUUCCUUAUCCAGCUGCCGGCGAUGCUCGUCGAGUAUUACUUCCGUACUGUUUGCAACCAAUGGUCGUCCUUCGACUGUCCUCUCAACCCAUUCCGAACAAUCAUCAGUCGUCUCUGGAGUCGGAAUGCAGCUAUUUACUUUACCAUCCAAAGCAUGUCAGCUGCAUCCCUGGCCAAUGAUUUCCCAAGCAUGAGAGCUAUCGGGAGACAAACCCAGCAACAAGCGAUCGUCUGCUUACAGAAUAGCACACGAGGAAGAUCUGCUCGUAUGGGCGAUGAUGAAUUUUUCCUGGCACUCCUAAUGCUGGGAUCUACGACUGGAUGGCACGAUCCAUCUGACUUAGGGUUGUCAUAUUUGAAAGCAGCCCAAGAGCACCUUCUGAGACAGAAGCGCCGGUGUAAAAGCCCAAACUUUGGCGUAGCAAAACAGUACCCGCUUUUCAAGCAGUGUCUGCUGUACUGGAACUUGUUGGCUGCGUUUGUAGCUGAAGAUUCGCCGAUACUGAACGAGGAUAGCCCUACGGAAAACAGCGAUGGGGAUCUAUCAAUCUACCUUGUUGAUGGUCAGGCAAUUCCUCAUCCAUGGACGGGAUCUCUCACUUAUGCAUUGAGUCUUUUCUAUCGGACCGCAAGAGUGAUUCGAGCCUCGAAAACGUCGCAUCGGAAACAAGCACAGGCAGUCGAUCCUGCCUUGGUCGAUUUCAGCCGCCUGGCUGAAGAACUGGAUCUCAGACAGAGGGCAGAGGAACUUGAAAAUAGCAUCCUCUUUUCAGGGUUCUCAUUCUAUUGCGGCCCUGUCGAUAUUGGUGACACAAACACACCCCCGUCACAUUUCCUCACUUUGGCCGAAGCAUAUCGCUGUGCAGCACUAUUACAAAUCUAUCACGUUUUCCCGGAGAUUUUAGAAGAGAGGCUUCGCAGCAACCAAGAAGCAGAUGGUGAAUCCUCUAUUCCAGCUCUAUUUUUGUUGUUGUUCCCAAUUACUGCAGACUGGGUAUCGCUGUCAAUCGAGGACACAAGACACACCUUGGCACUGCACAUUGUCUCUCUCUUGGAUCAACUCCCUUCAACAUCUGGGACCAAGGUGAUGCAGCCCGUGAUUCUGGCUUGCAUUUCCAGUGAUCUUGUGUUUUCGUCUGGGUCUGUCUUAGGUCCCGCCGCAAAUGCAAUCCCCAAUUUGAAUACUUUGGAUGUUGAUAUUGCACAAGCCAGACGAAAAGUCAAGAUGAAGUUGUCUGAGCUUACAAUAAUCCUUCCAAAGUUACCAAUGCAGCGAAUAACUAAUGUUAUAAACGAGACCUGGGAUCGCGCCGACUCUGGGUUGGAGGAGUUUUGGUUGGAUGUUAUGUUGGAUUUGAAUUUGGAGACGAUCAUGGGUUAA